AUGCCGAAUGCCGAAAGGCCCAUCAAGGUCUCCUUGAUAUGGCCAACGAUCUUCAUGGCUGGUUGCGCAGCUUUAGUGAUAAUACCGAUUAUGGCUGCUCCGAAAGAUACUGCGAUCGGUUUAAUGAUUAUGCUGACCGCCGUGCCUGUCUACCUCAUUUUUAUCGCAUGGAAAAACAAGCCCAAAUGUGUAGACUCUUUGAUUGGUUCGUUGAUUAUUAUUUUUUCUAAUAUUUUUUUGAGAUAG